AUGACUGAAAAUACCGAAGAAAUGCGCAUAGAUCCCGCCAGAGCGGCGACGCUCGUCUCACAACUCUCCUCCGUCCAGCAACGCAUUGCCGCCCUCAACGCUGGGCGUAACGUCCGCCUCGUCGCCGUCUCCAAGCUCAAGCCCGCCAACGACAUCCUCGCGUUGCACCAGGCCCCCGCGCACCACGCGCACUUUGGCGAGAACUACGCCCAGGAGCUCGCCCAAAAGGCCGAGCUCCUCCCGCGCACCAUCCACUGGCACUUCAUAGGCGGCCUGCAGUCCGGCCACUGCAAGGCCCUCGCCCGCAUCCCCAACCUCUUCUGCGUCUCCAGCGUCGACACCGCCAAGAAGGCCAGGCUCCUCAACGCCGCCCGCGCCGCCGCCGACCACCCGCCGCUCGGCGUCCACGUCCAGGUCAACACCUCGGGCGAGGAGGCCAAGUCGGGCUGCGCGCCGGGCGACGAAACCGUCGCCCUCUGCCGCGAGAUCGUCGAGGGCUGCCCGAGGCUGCGCCUCCUCGGGCUGAUGACCAUCGGCGCCAUCGCCCGCAGCAAGGCCACCACCCCGGAGAACAGGAACGAGGAUUUUGUGGCCCUCAAGGAGCAGCGCGACCUGGUGGCUAAGGCGCUCGGUGUUGAGCCGGAGAGCCUGGAGCUGAGCAUGGGCAUGAGCGAGGACUUUGAGGGCGCCAUCACAGAGGGCAGCGGCGAGGUCCGCGUCGGCAGCACAAUCUUCGGUCAGCGUCCAGAUAGAGCGGAUGCCCAGAUCCGUGUAUAA